AUGACAGAUACUCCCUCGUCAGAAACAUCCGUUUCCAAUUGGAACAAGCUGAUGCAAUUACAAGACCAAGAGAAUAAACUUACUGAACAGAUAAAGGAUAUCGUAUCUGAUAUUAAACCGUUAGAAUUUGAAUCGUAUUAUGAUUAUUUUAUUAUCCAUUCUUUCAAAAAGGGCGUCUCUGAAAGUGGGAAAGUGGAUAUCGAUGAUUUAAGGAGCAGAGAACAUGGGAGAUAUUAUAAGAGGAUCAAGAGAAGUGAUGUGAAUUCUAACUCUAAUUCAGUGCCACCUACUUCAAACAAUGACGAUAAUGAUCUGGAUUAUAUUAAUACUCGUAUAAAAAUUGAUCCCAAUGAUAACAAAUCAGAUGAAUCAGGCCCUAAUAGGAGAAGAACAAGAUCGCAAGCUAGUAGUGCACCCAUUGUCAACAUGAAGGAGACAGAUGAUGAUUCUGACAAUGAAGAUUUGGAAUCGUUAGAUUUAUCAAAUGAUGAAAGAUCAAACAGUAAUGGUAACACUUCCUCUGGCGAGUUAUCAAAAAUAAAUUCAGAUUUUGAAGAUGAAGAAAAUCGUAAUGUUGCUACAACGGAUAUCAUAUCAGUUGAAUUGGACACUCUACCGUCUUCUCCUGAUACUUCAGAUGAUGUGGAAGACAAUAUCGACAAAGACACUGAUGAAGAAAAUAAAGAGCUUCCUAAAAUUGAAGAAGAAACGGAAAAGAAUUUGGAAGAGAAGGAAAAUGGGAACGAUACAAAUGGUACACAUAUUGAAUCACCACUAGGUGAUUCUGCUGAGGAAAAGGCAGUGGGUGAACAUAUUGAGAAAGAGAAGGAACAGGAACAAGAAGAGGAGCACGAACUUGAUAUACAUGAUCUUUAUGAGUCUUUAGUACCAAAAGUAAAAGAUCCAGAAAGAAGAUCAGAUUGGAUACUACCUCCACGUUUUAGGUACAUCCCUGAGAAACAAAUGCGUACCAAACAUGUUCAUGAGACUGUAAAAGUAAAUGAAUUGGUGUCUAUGAAGAGGAUACGAAAAGUAUUAUCGAGAUUUGAGGGUGGUGUUGCCGGUGUACGUAAGAGAGAUUGGGAAUCUGACGAAGAAUGA